CGCAAUUAUAGACGUGAUAGAUCCCCUCCACUUUGCCAAACACACGAAAAAGCGUUCAGAUGCUGUAAAAUUGAAGGCUACAGCACGUGUUACCGCCUUGUGUUCGUCCGAUGUUAACCUCCCAGCGAGCCAGCUGACGACGGGAAGUACGCAGAUUUCUUGAUCGCAAACAUUGUUCCCUGCCUCCCCUUUGUCUGCUGCCUUGGAACUGGCAAAUAAGGUGCCGAGCAAUUUAUGUUUCGGCGCCGCCUGUGUAUCCUGUCUCGUUUUUGUCUUCACUCCUGCGUGUUUCCCGACCUGCCUCGAUUGUCUUUUGCAGUUGUUCUCGGGUGACAUGUUGAACCGUCAACUUCCGGGCGUCUGUGCGCCCACUGUACUUUGAAGCCGGAUCGAACUCUGCAAAAACGUGGCCAUUGCCUCCCAUCCUUAGCAAGAUGAAGCGCCUUGGCCGCACACUCCCACGUGAAACCUAGGGUUGACGCACAUUUCGUUGCCUGUCUAUGGUGGAAACCGUAUCCGAGUUGUAGUGUAGUGACGCCAUGUACGAGAGAAUGAACUCCAACAGGAGAAACGAACAAUCCAAAUCAUGGUGGUAGAAGGGACCCGACAAGGCACCCCUACAGAGAGCCCGCGAAUCGCCAAGAUCUCUGCACUGUCUGGUAACCAGCGAUGAAGUUCAAGGCCUCUCUGCGUCUGGACACUCUCCCGUAUCUCCUGGGAGCAACAGCAGCCCUGGCUCGGAUGGCAAAGAUAGGAGCUGCAAGCCGAUCGACCUCGUCGAUUUUAGGGGCUCCAAUAUGUUACCUGAAACUAACUCCGAGUCAAGUUUUCCUCAAUGUGCGACACUGCGACGAAAUUGAAGCCUACGUCGAGGCAGAUGCCAGGGCACUCUUCCACCCAGGGUGGGUAAUUGAGAGCAAGCGACGGAACAACAUCGGACUGGUCGUGGACAUCCUUCACUUACACAAUACUUUGAAAUUGGCUUCGCACUGCAGCAGAAUCACCAUGAAACUGGCCAAACGACAGGGUCAAGGUGUCCUCUCCUUCGAUUUCACAGAUGCACUUAUGGAAAAUCUCUGGAUCACUCAGGAUUGCCCUGUCCAGACACUCCAAGGAGAGGACGUCGACACCGCCGGCACGCCAGACAUUCCUGCCUGCGAGUGGAACGUGGAAGCCCCCAGGCUGCGUCUGGUCCUCAGCGUUCUAGAUCGGAUGUCACGACUAAAGGCAGACUCCGUCACCGUCGACAUCACGCCAGCUCCGGCUGACGAUGGAUUAUGCAACCUAACGUUCGCUGGGGCUUCGGACCUUGUGAGGGUUAAAACAGCCUUCCCAAAGUGCUCGCUGCUCGUAGCGGACACGAAUGCAAAACAACCUACAAAGCCACAUGUGGCGCGGUGCUUCAAGACACGCCGCCUCGCUGCAGCACUCAGGGUGGCUCUUGAUAUGACGCAUGGACGGAGCAAUGAAGGCCUCGUAGCCUGCGUCAUCCCAGAAGACGAGGAGUCAUUUCCUUGGGCCUGCGUUGUUUUCCAUUCCUCCAAGCUCGAGAGCUUGAAGUUGUUCUGUAUUCUGCCUACACUGCGUCGACCCGGAGAUGACCUUAUUUGAGACUUCGUUCCCUCAAAGGUCUUCAACACAUCCCAUUGUGGUACCGGGUUCUGCAAGGGUACAGUCCACUUCCAGAGUCACCGCGGACGAAGUUGACAAGCUGAACGUGGGUUGCAGGCAACCAAGUAUAUCCUCAGAGGGAUCGAAUGCAACCAGAGACCAAGGCAAACUCACACAUUAUGUUAAUAGAUUAUCUUUUCAGUUGAGUUAACGCUAGCAGAUAGCACUAACGUAGGAUUAGUGGUUUUUGAAGAUUUCCCGGACUGCAGCCAUGUUUUUCUGAUUCAGUUUGAGUGUCUCCCUUCGUGAUUCAUACGCUCCAUGAUGGUAGUAGGGGGUUGUCGAGUAUCCCCGGUACUCGGUCUGCAUUAUGCACGGGCAGAAACCAUGGUUUUUUCAUUAAUGUAGUCGGGUUGUUGCUUUGCCGUUCCAGUCAGGACGCGUCUCGAACAACCUUUUCUUCAGGACAUGGUUUUCUGUGUAAUUCACGUUUGGCUAGUCGUUAAUAAUGUUGUAUUCGUCCAUUUCAAAGUUUGACAGUCGUGGCUUUUCAAUAUACUUUGGUCCAGAAGCGGGCUCUUCAGUUGAUGACUGCGCAACAACAAAACUACAU